UUAUUCAGAUAUAACAUUAAACAGAUGACGUUUUUAAUGAAGUCGGAAGUUUCUCAUAUAAAAAAUGUCAACUCAAAGUCAGUUUUGAAAUUAUUUAUAAUUGGAAUUUUAUUAUUUAUAAUAACCAAAAUUUGUUUCCCUUGGUUUAGAUUCUGCUUGAAAAGAUAAGGUCAGUGCAAUAUGACUUACAAAGUAUUCCUCGUUUCGGUGAUAGUGUUGACUAUCCCGGUCAUAGGUAAGUAUAUUACCUUAUCUUUUGUAAAAAAUAAUGAAUUUUUUAGCGAUUCCCAGCAAGCCUUUCGAACUCGUAUAUUCGACUUUUCCGCUUUGCUCGGGGACAACCUUAAUUGAAAUAGCUGUAUAUAUUAUCCAAUACUCCAAUAGGGAACGGUCUGAAAUGUCACAAAUGCAAGUACGAUUCAACCACGCCACAAGAAGAACAAAAAUGUGGCAACAGUACGGUUAAUUAGUACGACUGGCAACUGUUAUUCAGCUGCGUUUAACAGAAGUGAUGGAGGAUACGUUGUGGUACGAGAUUGUGAUCCAACCCUUUUAAUUUCACCAUUCCCAAGACGUCUUCUAAUGAAUCUAAUCCCACCAUCCUUCCCGGUACUGCAUCUUGUGUCCUGGUGGUGAAAUUUAAUCUGCUUUUGAUGAUCAUUCUUGAAGUAAUUUUUGCUUAACUUGUAUUCUAGAAAUUGGGUAGGGCAUGUAUACAUCUUUUAUAAGAACACAAAAUGUAUUCUCGUAUAAUAGUAAGACUAUUGCCAUUCGAAGUACAUACUAUAUUUUCUGCUGUCGAAAUAAGGAAUGGGAAAAUCCGGACAAUUUUGGCGACCGCCCCCCCCCCCCCCCCCCGCCCACAAAAAAUUUCGGUCAGUGCACUAUUUUAGGGGUCCAAAAUUUUUUCGGACAUACCAAAAUUUUUCGGAACAUCACACAAAUUUUCCAGACAUUGGCCGCAAAAUUGACAGAAUUUCCCAAAAAAUUGACAGAAUUUGUCCCAUUUAUUUUUAUAAUAAGCCAAUAUUGCCCGACUGUGGAGCGAAUAUUGCCCGACUGGCUUUGUUUGCCCAACAAACUGGGGGGCUUUCGCCCCCCCCCCCCCGCGCCCGGUACGCCCAUGCUGUCAGGUGGAAUUAAAAAAAAAAAACACGUAUAUUUAAAUCAAUUUAAUUGUAAAACGUUUGAGCUGUAAACCGCGUCUUCAUCAGCGCGAAUACUACGAACGGAUGAGGAUCUGGGCUAAUUACUGGAAACUUUACGAUAGGAUACAGCCUUAUAUCUUAGUCUUAUAUUUUACAUGCAGUCACAAAAAGGUCUUUCACUUUUCGAACUUCCUUCCAUUCUAAUUAUGAACAAUUAGAAUUUUUCAAGUUCCUUUUACAGUAUGUUUCCAUGGUAAAAUUGGUGCAAUAGCUAUAAUUGUUAUGUUUUGUCAAACACCAGAAAAAUAGUUUCUUUAUUCGGAAAUUAAUUUCAACCAAGAUAAUCACUACCGCCUUAUAGAAUACUUCAAAACUAACUUUUUACAAAGUAUAAAUAUAAUACCAUGUGCUCUCUUUGAGAAAUUAAAUCUUAAAAAUAUCGAUCAUGCUAGAUUUAGCGAACAAGCCUGACUAGCCUCGUUUUGGUGUUUGGUGCACAUUUCAAAGGGUCAUACCCUAACUUACAAGGAUUGUUUUCAACCUUAAACUCUUACAUUUUGCUUUAAAUAGCAGACUUUGUUGAAAAGAUGUUUAUUAGCCUGGUAAUGAAUAACAUAUAAAAUAAUGCAAAAUUGCGGUGGUAUCAAUUGGUCAAUUGGUCACAAUUAUUUCAGGAAGCCAUUAGUGACUCUUAAAUAUAUUUCAAAAUACUGUGGUAAUUUCAAAUAUUUAAAAUUUUCUGGGUAAAUAAAGCAGCCUCCUACAAACUUCCUUCAGUUUCUAUUUAUUAACUAUUUAUAUUCAUGAUUAAAAAUUUUUACUUUCGAAUUCUUCGAUAAACAGUUAUAUUUUUAGCAGUUUGAAGAGUAUAAUAGCUUCUUUCUUGUACAAGUAAACAUAUCUGCUAUAAUACUGUGGUCUUAAUUGGGACUAACGAUUAUAAUAGGGUCUUAAUUGGGGAUGGUAAUGCUAAUUAGUCUAAUUAGUGACGUAAAGGAGGUGGCACCACCGAAUUUGACCAAUGAUAGAUCAUUCAGAUGGCAUAGUAAAAGUUCCUCGUUUCGAUACGAGAUAUCAUAAAUAUUCCUGCAUCACUCUCUUCCCGGCAUUCAGUUGAUGCUAAACUGUUAACGAUCUUCAAAAUCGGAAAUCGCUUAUUUGGUGACUGAGUGUUGGUAAGUUUUCUAAAAAAAAGUCUAUUGUUUCUCUUUGUAAAGAUAGUCCUUAUUUUGGUCAGACUUUUACUCGGAUGCAUACCGUUAGGAUUUUAGAGUCAUUGCUGCGUUUAUAGGUAAAUUAGCACCAGUUCAAUACCAUUGAGAUAAGCAGCUACUGAUACGGGAUUUACUUAGGUUGUGUAGUCUAAUUUCUCCAACUUCAUGUGCUUAAUUGAAAACUUCAUGUGCUUACUUGAAAACUUCAUGUGCUUACUUGAAAACUUCAUGUGUACAAAAAAGUAAAGUUGUGGUUGGGGUUCUUUCCUGUGCUUCCUGGGUUUUUCGUUGGGUACGUACUCCCUCACCAAAAAAUAACCCUUCCUUAGCUGUGGUCCGUGAUCAAACAUGGAUCAUAUUUGAGGCCUAGUAAAUCUUGUUCAUGUUUGAGAUGCCUGCAAUUCUGCUCUCAGCUGCAAAUAUAAAUAAAAAAUUGAAUGAUCGUGAAGAGUACAAUGACUCAAUAUAUUCCACUAGGCAUCUUUAUUACUGUUUAGUUUCGUACCAUAACAUGCCAUGGUACUCAUCAUCAAGACAUCAACAUGUGGCAUUCAUCUUUAUCUAGUGUUGUGCUACGAAACUAAAUAGUAAUAAAGCUUAAGAUGCCUAAUGGAAAUUGACAAAUUGUUGAGUCAUUCUACUUCAAUUUAUUUCAUUGCUCUGGACAUCCAUUGAGCACUCUGCCAAACGUUAAUGUUUUUUUAUACUGAAACCUAAUCUUGGUUUAGAUUCGCCUAAGAUCCCAUCAAUAUGAGUUGCAAAAUAUUUGUCGUUUUGGCAGUGCUGUUGACUAUCUCAAAAAUAGGUGAGGAGUUGUUUUAGUUAUAUCUCAUUUUAAUGAUCUAUAUCUAAUUUUUCUAGCUCACGUUUGCAUUAGGUUUCGCAUAUGAAAAAACUGAGAUUUGAAGUAGGCCUAACUGUAUUCUUUAUCGUCGUAGGGAGUGCCCUGAAAUGCAACCGUUGUCAUUACCAAUCGACUCAACCGAAGGAUGAACAAAAAUGUGGCAGUCGUACAGAGAAUUGCUCGACUGGUUACUGUUAUUCAGUCGCUUAUACCAGAAGUGACGGCAUAUCCGUUGUUAACCGCGGCUGUGACGACAACGCCAACGAUAGAUUGUGUCCAGAUGGUGCUAAAACAUGCGAAAGGAAGACUAAAGAGACAAACCUGAAGUCAUGUGUUGGAAUAUGCUGUAGCAGCGAUAAUUGCAACAACUACACUCCCAACAGUGCCCCAGGUGUCAUGGCCGCGAAAUUUAUUCUCUGUUUGAUGGUCAUUGUGGGAUAUUUCUUAGCCUAACUUUCUGAGUUCUUGUUGUAUUUGAAUAUCAUGUAAUUUAGUUAGUGCUGCUCAACAGCUAAGUAGCGUAGUACAAUAUAUACGGCAUGUAAACAUAUCAUUGUACCUGUAGCUUACACCAUGGAUUGUAAAAUAACUUUAUUAUAUUAUCCAUGCUUACACAAGGAAUACUUUUCCUUUCUUAAUCAGUUAGCUGCAUUAAUUUUCACUUUGUUUUGUAAAACUUUAUUUUGGUUCGUUAAGAGC